AUGCCGCCCUUGACGUUCAACAUCAUCCGCCAGUCAACACAACGGAGAGCCGCACGGAGGGGGACGCUAGUCAUAACCCAGGCUGCUACUGCUACUGGCAACACACCCACCACCACUACCAUCACUGCGACCACCACUUCGACUACAUCGUCAACGACAAACGUGAAUGGAAGUGGACAAAACCAUGGUCAUGUCGCGGCCAACAAGGAGCUGAUCAAGAGAGUCAUCGAGACCCCUGGUUGCUUCAUGCAUACCGUCAAAGGCACCGUCCCUCAUCUCACGCCAGACACCAUGCGGUUACAAGGAUUUGGAGGCGUUCACGUUAGCAUCGAGCAGUUACUACAGGACCAUCAACCAGGAGGAUUCGACAAAUGGCCCCUCACGCUCUCGAAGUUUCUUAACCUUCAGGAUAUGAUCCUAUUAUGUGACCUUCGGGACCCCUCACGAUACUUCAAAGUCCCCGUCAAGUCGGAUCGCCAUAUCGCGAUCAAGACCCAUAAGGGUGUGCGGCAGUUGACAUUGGAGGAGUACUUGAAAGUCGUUCGUGCGUACCAACCGGAUAUUGUUGCGGCUAUGGCGGAUCAAAUCGCGGACGCGGACGUUCCGCCUGCAGGAACUGGACAAGGAUCGUUGGAUGCGGAAGGAGAAACGCAGGGAUCGCCGUGUUCGGGGCCAGGACUGAAGCGGGUCAAGAGGAGUAUUGACAGGAGUUUGAAGUGGUUGGAUCAAAUCCUGCUGGAUCGGCAGGGUAUGGAUGCAUUGGCGGCAGAUCGGGCGGCAGAUGAGGCCAAGCGGCAAAAAAUGCAAAAGGCAGCUACUGGUCAUUCUCACGACAGCACGAGAGGAGUGGAGUCUUUAGCGCUGGAGUUACAAAAUCCGGAUCUGAUCACAACAAAGACAACUACGGCAAUGACGCGGAUACCAUGGUCCGGCGUGAGCGUGUUUGCGCAUGUUCUUGGAUCGCAUGUGGAACAGGAGCGGAUCCGGAGUGCAGAGGAGACUGCGCGACGUGAGGCUGUGGAUGGGUUUAUUGUGGAUACCAAUCCGUUACAUGGAUCUUCCAAGGAGACUAUCUUGAACCUGCUCAAGGUGUCACUGGAUCAUUUGCCGGUCGAGAAGCCCAGGAUGGUUUAUGGCCUCCAGACCCCAGAGGAUGUUUUGAAAUCGAUUGCAAUGGGAGCAGACUUAUUCGAUACUUCAUACCCAUACCACUUGACCGAAGACGGGAAGGCGUCACUAUACUCAUUUGGUUCUGACAGCAACUCCAUCAACACUGUCAUUAAAAACAACAACAACACUACUUCUGGAGAAGUAACGACAAACAGAUGGAUCAACCUAUGGGACGACGAGCACGCCAACAAAUUUACUCCACUCUUGGAGGGCUGUGGAUGCUAUGCCUGUAAGGGUGGACGCCAUACCCGAGCCUACAUCAACCACCUUCUCAAGGCCCAUGAAAUGCUCGCUACCGUUCUCUUGAUGAGCCACAACAUGUACCAGUACUCAAAAUUCUUCGCAAACGUCCGUCAAUCAAUUGAAGACGGAACCUUCGAACAGGACUCUGCCUCAUUCAUACAGCAAUUCGGAUCAGAGCCAGAGCGGACAGGGAAGAUCCACGCCGCACAGGCGAUUGUUGAAAUGGCACUAUCAAAACGGAACCGCCUAGAUGGCAGUAACAGCGCCAGCGCUAGCAGUUGUAGGAGUAGCAGGAAUGGCAAUAAUAGCUCAGAGUCUGAAGGAGAGCAGGGUGCGAUGUCGAAGGAGGAAAAGGCAGAGGCGAGGAGGAAACUGAAGGAGCAGGAGAGAUUUGAGCGGGGGGAGAAGAAUCGGAUGGAGGGGUUGAAACGGAAGAAAGAGAAACAGCAGCAGUUGGUCGCGGAUGAACGAGAUGCGGAGAGGACUCGCGAACCGUGA